UCUACUGAUAUAAGAUGGUAGUGAGUACUUGCAAGGGCCUAGAUAGCUACAGCUAUUUGAUUGGGGAAGAUGAAAUAAUUAUAUUUUAUUUUGGUUUGGUGGAAGGGCCAACCCUAAUAAAAUUGAGUGUGGCAAUAGCUAUUUUUAACAAUAUAAAGCAUUUUACUUAUGUUGAAAUAUUUUGGGGGAGCAAGUCCUUGAGUACUUUAUAAGAUCUGUACAUAGGGGUAGAGGUAGAGCGACUAGCUCCUUUCCUCACUGUUUGGCCUCCCCAGUUUUUCCAUAGCCCGGAAUAGUCUUAUCUUUGACCCCUCCUCCCCGUCGUCUACGAUUUUAAUGAGCAAAGGUUAACGGUGAUGUUGACAGUUUUUCGAGUGCCUUCCACCUAAGCGGAACCUCUCGUAACUUAGUCAUUAAAGAUUUGCCCUUUCUUUGUCCAUAUAAGGAGUAUGGUAUACGAUUACAUCAUACACUGGCUGCCGGAUCAACCUCACAUGACUUCCAACGAAGUGACCCAUAAGAAGGGACGACCGGAAAUUUUAGCAUCAAUCAUAACGGGUGCUGCUUAGAAUCAAAGGAUCUGGCACCUCUUACUUGAGCGGCUUAUAGUAAAAGAAUGAAAUUUAGUAGUCAUUAUGUUUUUUCGCUUUGUGUGUCGAAGUGACAUUAGGAAUGGCACUUGGGUUCUCGAUUGUGUUGUGUUGAGCCUUUUCAGUGACUGAUUGUAUUGUAAUUAGUUGUAGAAAACAACGGGGAGCUUUGAUUGGUAGAGUGAAGAGGCUUUUGUUUAAAGGAAGUCUGGCACCGGUCAUCACUGCUCCAACCGUAUGGAUACCUGAAAGUUGAGGAAUCAAGUUUUCAAGGCGGCUAUUUUUAUCAAUCGGAUCUGGAUAUCAAAGAUACAAUCCUUGCACAAGUCCAUCAUGGUUAACAACACGCUGCCGACUAUUGGGAUUGGAACUCAUUAUCCAAACCGCUUAUUUGUUGGUUCCCUGCCUGGUAGUGCGAGUGCCAAUGACUUGGCAGAGUUUUUCAAAAAAUUUGGAACAGUCUUGGAAGGAAAAGUCGUGCUUGACUGCAAUGGAAAUUCUAGAAGAUUUGGAUUUAUUACUUUUGCCACAAAUGACGAUGUUCAAAGAGUUUUGGGUCAGGGGUGCAUCUUCUUCCGAGGGAAAAAAAUCAACGUCGGACCAGCGGUUAAAAGAAUGAUGCCAGACGGUCAACCAAGCAUGUUGUUUUCACCCGAUCCUGCAAAAGGAAACAGUGGGUCAUUCAACAGAAGCCAGAUAUGCGAGCUUCGUCCGUUAAUUGACCCUACCACGCCGCCAGUUUCACCUGCAUCUCCUAUGUCCGGACAAAAGGUCUUCUUCAGGAUGGACCAAGUGCAACAAGAAACUCCGCCCCAACCUCCACCUCCGCCUCCGCAGAGCUUAAAUUUACCGGCGGCUCAGCCAUAUACAAUCUCUUGUGCGGGAAUACCUUUACACACGAAUGUGACAAAUUUCCAUCUACCAUGUCAGAGUCAAUGUCAUUCUCCAAUUGCACCAUCUCAGGGACAGUUUUUUUCCGCCUCAAGGUACACGCUUACCACUACUGUCGUGCCUUAUCAGAAUGCCAGGCUGAGCUUGCCAAUUUCAGCGACUGCUGCAGCUAAAUAUAUUGUAUCCCGGACUCCAUGUCUCACACAAAUGUAAAUUUCGAGGUCUCUCCGACUCAAAGAAAGCCUAACAGUGGAAGAGUAUAUGUUUUAGUAAUGACUUAGUCAGUCAGUUGAAUAAUUUAACUGGAUACGUUUGUCGGCUACUCGAAGCAAGAAUAGUAGUCGUUUGCGAUAUGCUAAAAGUAUUACUGAAACUUGUUACAUAAUCUAUAUCAUUUUAAUGUGCUUUAUGCUAUGGUAUCAGCCAGAGAUAUCAAUAUCUUAGUAAGCUGAAGCCGAGCUGAAUUAUGAAUAACGUUUCAUCCUCUUUACGCUUCUGCUGUCUGUAAAGACGCGCUAGAAACUAUAAGAUACGUUUAACGAGAGUACAAGGACGCGUUAAAAAAGAGAUUGACCCAAUCGUGUUUGGUUUCAUUGAUAGUAGCUUAUUCACGAAAAAUACAAUUAAUGCUUGGAACAAGUCGUUAAGUCAACAUGACCUCGAGAAUGUUUGUUGUUUAUAGCUUGUAAAUGAAUGAUAAAACAGAAUAAGUAAGUUCGAGAGGUUUAUCCUUGGAAUCGUCCUUGAUCAUUCUGUAAGGAAAGCUUCUAGAACUUUUAAAGGAGUCAGUGUAGUACUUAUUUAUACACUUUCGAUCAUUUCUAAAUGGGGACCAAUGAGAUAUAAUUUUAAGAACCACUCUUCUUAUAUUGCAGAGAGUUUCUAUUUUUCAGUGUAACAUGCUUCUAAUUGCUAAUUUAGUUAGAAAUGUUUUGUAAUUUCCUAUUCGUUAAUACUGUAAAGAUUUACUCUAUAAUCAUUAGUUUUUUGCUCAGUUUUAAAAGGGUUAGAUGGGUCAUGCAUUUUUUGACAAAUAUACCGCUGUAUUUAAAUGUGAAACUUGGGGGCCAAACGGAGGAUGGGUGCUUCCUUGAUAAAUUCCUAAGAUUUGAUUUUGCCAGUAGCUAUGCAAAGAUAUUCUAAACUUCUCUAUGCAGGAAAGGUCAUUGUUCUCCCCAGAUUAAAACAUGAAUGCUCCUUAUCUCUGAUAUUACAACAGCCGAUCGAUGGACAGUCUACCAAAACCUCUGCAACAAAUACAUACAUUCACGAAAAGUGUACGAGAACUAAAUUAUGCAGCUAAAUAUUAUCUAACACAAUACAUAAAGAUUCGAUCAUCGUGGACUCCACUCUAUACCAAACCUGAAACUACAGAUCCCUUUACCUUCCACUUAACUUGAAAUCAUCUACAUGAAAUCUCCGGCGCCUUUUAAGUUCGUCAAUGUUUCAUGAGUUAUGACGCGAUAUAUUCUUCAAGUUGUCAAUGAUUCAAAAGUUCUAUAGCCUUCUCCCGUAGAAAUUUGAAAUCGUAAGAUAAAUAUUCAAUUAACUCGUGACUUACCACUAGAUCGUCUUGUCUUUAGAAGAAUUCACUAACACCUGUAGUACAGAUAUUUUGACGUGCAAUUGUAUAAGCUGAAUUUGCGUGGCUAAAUUCCAUCUCCAAGUAAUCCUAGAUAAAAAGAGGCUUUCUUGCAAAUAUUAAGAAAAAUUGAAGAACGACAGGUUUUACGUGCGAUAAAAAAGCAAUUAUAUUUCAAAAUGACUGCCAGUAUCAUUAAAGAUCUCUCGUCAUAUGACCACAGUGUAUGUUAAUUUGAUAAUCACCGUACUUUAUACUUUGC